CACCCAAAACCCAUUGAUCUGCAUAAUAAACCUGCCGCGCUGCCUCUGCCUCUGCCUCUCUCUCUGUCCUCUGCCUGGAGAAAGCGGAGCAGCUGGCCACCCCCUGCUUGCAUUUAGUGAGGGGUCGAAUGAAACGUUUGACCUGAUUUGGUGAGAUUAUGCUUCCACCGUCGCCCAAAGUCAUGGGUAUCGGAAUGUUUUUGGUCGACGAGCUUUUCGAUGAAGAUCCGAAGAAGCGCUUGUGUCUGAUAGUGGGGCCCAGUUCAAGAACUAGAGGCGUCUUGGACUUGGAGCAUCUCUUGCCUCAAGGCGGGCACCAUUCAGAUGUUCCAGAUGCGAAUUUGCACACACACCAAGUUCCCAGAAAGCCACAGGCAGAUCCUCCUCGUGUUGAGGCAAUGGCCCGCGAUGCAGAGAAACUUAACUUGUACCCCUGCUCCUGGUGCUCGCUUGUCUCGAUAAGGCUGGCUCGUGGCCACUGGAUAUCCAUCUUUUGCCUGGCCCAAUAUUACGCUGGCAAACAUGUGCUCAGCCCAGAUCCUCGUGAACCGGUUUCCUUGACCAUUGGCAUCGGAUUGUUCCAGAGACCGAAUCCAUCUCAGGAACUCUCGCAACUCAUACCUGAAACGAGACUGUCAGACCGUCCAGAAAAGCGGAGUUGUUUCUUCUUCCCACUUCCCUCAGAGUUCUCUUUUGAUACUAUUAUAUCACUUGAUUUCUGGUGUUUCUCAUGCAUCUGACUGCAGAUGCAGUCGGAUGGAUCUGAAGAGGGAACAACUCGAGCAUGUGAACCAGUCAACUUGGCAUUGCUUUCAUUCAGCAACCGACUCGCCUGCCGACUUGCGAACAUCUUGAAGUGUUCCUCUCAGCCCGUCCACACAAUGCAUUUUCUGAGCACCAACAAGUCCAAUUUCCACCAACCAUCCUCAAACGGUAGCUAGGCUUUAGACAGACGUGCCUAGUGCUCACGAUCAGAGCUGACGCAAUGCACGAACUGCUUUUUCUGGCGAUAGCCCUAAACUCAAAAGCCGCAGUGUGCUUGUCGACAGUCACAGAUUGAAGAAGAUACAAACAAACUCUAGGCUCUCUACUCCGUAGGCUCUCGAGCAACAUGGACAAUUCCAUACUGGAAUGCUAGACUUUCCCCGCAGAACAGGGAAAUAAUUCCGAGUCAUCAUGAUCGCCAUGGCUUUUGAGUCAAUGGGCGAUUUUCUUCCGCCAUUGUCUCGUAUCGGCCCUCGACAAACUUGAGCCUAGGAGGCGUAUGACGGACGAGGCGUCCAGCUGCCCGCGCGCCUGGGACACUGUCACUCCCAAGGAGCUAAGUUGACUUCGUCUUAUCGAGUCAAUCUCAUACCGGCGGAAGAUUGCUCGUCUUGAGACACGGUCAAUUUGUUGUCUUGCUUGAUGACUAACACGUUAGUGCAAGUCUUGCUAAUAAGCCACACUUAUAUCUUUUGAACAUUCAAUUGACACCCUUGGACUCAAGGGAUCGCACGUGUAUGAAUCACAAUCUUGCACAUAUUCAUCAGGAACAUCGAUGUCUACACACGUGCGAUGUCCCGGCCUCUGAGAUUCUAGACUCGGGGCUCACUCUUGAGCAUUUAAACCAAUUUGCUGUGUUUUGAUAAGGCGCAAUGGUCAAGCCAUUGUCGAGCCAAGUGGAUGCAAUAGCAUUGCAAUCUCAGAAAAGACGUUGAAUGGGCAAAUGGGCCAUGUUCUCACGAAACGGCGGCGCCGAAAGUCCACCUAGGGGCUCAAGCGCCCACAAUUGCCGGAGCGCCGUUUAACCUUUAGUUGGCAACUUAGCAAUGUCCUUGACGAGUUGGUGGUGGUUGUCAAUCGGCUGGUAAGACAAAAAGACGUUUUGGUCUCACAGAGCCCCUAAUGUUUAUUGUUGUUGUGAGUGGGGAAUGUGAAUUCCUGGUAAACAUCAGUGGAGCGAGGACACGAGGAUAUUGUCAGAAGUAAUUAAAUGAGUUGAUUUCUUCAGUAAACAUUCCAUCUCCAGCUAAUUAGGUCGUUGCGUGACUCUGCAUUGGGUAUGUAAC